AUGCUCUGCCCACUGCUUGUCCUGGGAGCACUGGUGCUCAGCCUGGCAGGUGCCAUGGAGAUCCAGGUCCCUGAGGAGCCCGUGGUGGCCCUUUUUGGCCGAGAUGCCACCUUGCUCUGCUCCUUCUCCCUGGAGGCCAACUUCAGCCUGGACAACCUGACCCUCAUCUGGGAGCUGACAGAUACCAAGCGCUUGGUGCACAAGUUCUCCGGGGGCAGGGACGAGCUGGCAGACCAGGGAGGGGGCUACACCAACCGCACAGCCCUCUUCUACGACCAGCUGGCCCGGGGCAACGUGUCCCUGCUCCUGCGGCGGGUGGAGAUCUCGGAUGAGGGCAGCUUCACCUGCUUCGUGCAGCUCCAGAAGCACAGGAACGCAGCUGUCACGCUGCAGGUGGCAGCUCCCUACUCCAAGCCCAGCAUGAGCCUGGAGCCCAGCAAGGACUUGAAGCCAGGAGAUCUGGCAGCCGUGACUUGCCACGCGUCCCGUGGCUACCCCGAGGCAAGUGUCCUCUGGCAGGACAGCAGGGGCAGCAACAUCACCGAGAACGUCACCACUUCCCAGGUGGCCAACGAGGAAGGUCUCUUUGAUGUGCACAGUGUCCUCCAGGUGCUGGUGGAGCCCAGCAGCACCUACUCCUGCCUGGUGAGGAACCCGGUGCUGCAGCAGGAGACUCAUGCCUCUGUCACCAUCACAGGCCACCACCUGGCCUUCCCUGCCGUGGCUCUCUGGCUGACAGUGGGACUUGCUGCCUGUGUGGUGGCACUACUUGCUGUCCUGGCCUACGUGUGCCAGAAGAAGAUCCGCCAGAGCUGCGAGGAGGAGGAGGACAACGCAGGGACAGAGGAGCAGGAUGAGGAAGGACCCAAGACAGCCCUGCAGCCUCUGAAGAGCACAGAGAGCAGAGAUGAGAAUGAGCAAGAAAUCGAUUGA